GCGAGAGCAGGGCCGCAACAAAAUGGCGGCGCCGGGGACUGAGGUGGCGGCGGCGGCGGAGGCAGCGCCGGGCCCGGGGCAGGUCAGCAGCAACGGGAGCGCCGGGGGCGGCGAAGCGGCGGCGGGGCCCGAUCCGCAGAGGCAGCAAGGGGCACCCAACGCCUGGCAGGUGAUCAAAGGGGUUCUGUUCAGGAUUUUCAUCAUCUGGGCCAUCAGCAGUUGGUUCCGCCGCGGGCCGGCGCCUCAGGAGCAGAGCAGUGGGGGGGGAGCACCCCGAGCUCCCAGCAGGAAUCUUUUCCCUAAGGACACCUUGAUGGAUCUUUACGUUUACAUCUCGGAACACGAGCACUUCACGGAUUUCAACCUCAGCUCAGCUCUGUUCUGGCAGAAACGGGACCUGAUCUACGGGGAUUGGACCAGCGGGGAGAACUCAGACGGUUGCUACGAGCACUACGGGGAGGUCGAGAUCUCCCAGAGCGUGCAGCAGAAUGGUUCCAUCUACGUCCACGUUUACUUCACCAAGAGUGGGUUCCACCCAGACCCACGGCAGAAAAACCUCUACAGGCGUUUGGCCACCGUCCACACCUCCAGAAUGAUCAAUAAAUACAAACGCCGACGCUUCCAGAAGACCAAAAACCUCCUGACAGGGGAGACAGAAGCAGAUCCAGAGAUGAUCAAGAGGGCAGAGGAUUACGGCCCCGUGGAGGUCAUUUCCCACUGGCACCCAAACCUGACCAUCAACAUGGUGGAUGAUCACACCCCCUGGGUCAAGGGCAGUGUCCCCCCCCCUCUGGACCAGUACGUGAAGUUCGAUGCCAUCAGUGGGGAUUAUUAUCCCAUCCUUUAUUUCAACGAUUACUGGAAUCUCCAGAAGGAUUACUUCCCCAUCAACGAGAGCCUCCGCCGCCUCCCUUUCCGCCUUUCCUUCUGCCCCCUUUCCCUCUGGCGUUGGCAGCUUUAUGCUGCCCAGAGCACCAAAUCCCCUUGGAAUUUUUUGGGAGAAGACCUCUACGAGCAGUCGGAUGAGGAGCAGGAUUCAGUCAAGGUGGCUCUCUUGGAGACAAACCCUUACCUGCUGGCCUUGACCAUCGUGGUCUCCAUUGUCCACAGCAUCUUCGAGUUUUUGGCCUUCAAAAAUGAUAUCCAGUUCUGGAACAGUCGGCAGUCCCUGGAAGGGCUCUCAGUUCGUUCAGUUUUCUUUGGGGUUUUCCAAUCCCUCGUUGUUCUCCUUUACAUCCUGGAUAACGAAACCAACUUCGUGGUCCAGGUCAGCGUCUUCAUCGGGCUCCUCAUCGACCUCUGGAAGAUCACAAAGGUCAUGGAUGUCCGGCUGGACCGCCAGCACAAGCUCGUUGGGUUCCUCCCUCUCCUGACUUUCAAGGACAAAUCCACGUACAUCGAGUCCUCCACCAAGGUGUAUGAUGAUAUGGCUUUCAGGUACCUUUCCUGGAUCCUUUUCCCACUCUUGGGAUGCUACGCUGUCUACAGCCUCCUCUACCUGGAACACAAAGGGUGGUAUUCCUGGGUGCUCAGCAUGCUCUACGGCUUCCUCCUCACCUUUGGAUUUAUCACCAUGACCCCCCAGCUCUUCAUUAACUACAAGCUGAAGUCUGUGGCUCACCUGCCCUGGAGGAUGCUGACCUACAAAGCUCUCAACACCUUCAUCGACGACCUCUUUGCCUUCGUCAUCAAAAUGCCCAUGAUGUACAGGAUAGGAUGUCUGAGGGAUGACGUGGUUUUCUUCAUCUAUCUCUACCAACGUUGGAUCUACCGCGUCGACCUCACCCGGAUCAACGAGUUCGGGCUCAGCGGGGAGGACCAGGUCACCCCCCGACCCCCCCUCCCCGAAAAUCCCCCCUCCCCCAACACACCCGGGACCCCCCCCACACUUCCAAACCCCCCCGAGGAAGAAAAACCCCCAGAGGACAAAAAAAAGGAUUAA